UGCGGAAUAUUAUUUGCGAUCAGUUGCACCGCACAGUUCAAAGCCGAAAGAUCGCAAACAACCUGUAGGCAGAUAGAUUUGAUGUAAUUUCGAAGUGGUCAGGAAAAACAGUCGACGUGUUAAUUACCAUCAAUUGAUAUUCACGUGAAAGUCACACUUCUGUACCUAGUUUAGUUAUUUCUUAACUUUCGAAGGAAAAUUCUGUAACUAAGUGAAUCAACAAUGUCGUGGUACUAUACGCGUUAUGAUACAUACACUUCCGUGCCAAAAUUUGAGGUCACCCCCUAAAAACAAACAAAAAGUCCCAAACCCACCGUGUUCCCGGCCGAGAACUUCAACCCAUCGGCGGACGCUGCAGCACUGCGCAAAGCCAUGAAGGGCUUCGGAACGGACGAACAAACCAUCAUCGAUAUCCUGUGCAACCGUUGCAACUGGCAGCGUCAAGUUAUCGCCGAAACAUUCAAGAACGAGCUAGGACGGGAUCUUAUCAAGGAUCUGAAAUCGGAACUAAGCGGAAAAUUCGAGGAUGUUAUCAUCGGUCUGAUGCAACCACCGGUAAACUACCUCUGCAAACAACUGUACAAAGCCAUGGACGGUAUUGGAACCAACGAGCGUGCGCUUAUCGAGAUCCUCUGCUCGCAAAACAACGAACAAAUGCAUCACAUUUCGCGGGUUUACGAGGAAAUGUACAAUCGUCCACUGGCGGAACACGUGUGCACGGAAACAUCCGGUGAUUUUCGGCGAUUGCUCACGUUGAUCAUCACCGGUACACGUGACCCACCGGGAACGGUUGAUCCAGAUCUUGCUGUGCAGCAAGCCAAACAGCUGUACGAUGCUGGCGAAGGGAAGUGGGGUACGGAUGAGUCCGUUUUUAACAAAAUUUUGGCCCAUUCGAGCUUCGAUCAGUUGGAGUACGUGUUCGAGGAGUACAAGAAACUGACCGGACGUACCAUCGAGCAGGCGUUGAAGGCCGAACUGAGUGGAGACCUAUACCAUGCCCUCAGUGCCAUUGUGGAAUGCGUCCAGAUGGCGCCACAUUUCUUCUCGAAGCGACUCUUCAAAGCUAUGGAUGGGUUGGGCACGGAUGACACAACUCUGAUUCGAAUUAUUGUUUCGCGAUCGGAAAUCGACUUACAGAACAUCAAGGACGAGUACGAGCAAAUGUACAAUAAAACGCUAAUGAGUGCGGUGAAGAGCGAAACAUCGGGCGACUACAAAAAAGCGCUUUGUGCCUUGAUUGGAAAUGCCUAAGUGUUCAAUCCAUAAUGAACAUACUUAUAUUUUUACAAAAGUUAAAAGCUUAUGACAUUCGCUACACACAUUCACAAUGUGCCAACGAUCUUCAAGAGACUACAAUCGAUUCCUCGAGGUGAUUUAGAAAUGGUUCGAUUCAAACACAGUCGAAUUUUAGUAGAGAAAAUAGAUGUUACACUCAUUCAGAUUUUUCCACCGUAGUUCUUUUAACAGCGGAUCCAGUAGGAUUGGUCUAAUAGUUGUUUUAAAUAUUCGACUUUUUUAAAAUGUAUUUUGCGUAAGAAUUAUAAGAGUAAUAAUUUGUUCAACUGUGCUUGUACUGAGCUUACGAAAGAAAUAUCAUAUGAACAUACUUAUUAAAUAAGAUUUGCACCAUGAUGACAAACUUAGAUUUUUAAAUAUUAAGAUCAAAUAAAUUAAUUUAUAAGCAUA